AUGGAUAAACUAAGUAAAUCAGUUGAAGUUUUAAAAUUACUUUCAACAACAACGUCACAAACAUUAAUAAUCAAUGUGGAAAAAUUAUUUACAAAAUGUGAUGAAAAUGAUUAUGAUGUACGACUGACUGCCGAAGAAAAUCUUAAUCACCUUAAUUUAAAAGAAGUAGAUUUAACAAGAAUUCAAGUUGAAUUGCAUGGAGUUAUAACACAUAAUCCUAAUGUUGGACCGACAGCUUUAAAAGAUCAAUUACUUGAGCAUCAAAAUCAAAAUGCUAGUACACAUUUAAUAAAAAGAAUUAUUCAAUUACUUCGUUAUUCAAAUUUAUUUGAUUUUGAUCAAUUAUUAAUUUAA